UUUAUGCACUCCCCAACUUCUCUUCACCACCACACACAGCAAAUUGCAGCACAAGAGUCGGCAGACUUGAGGUCAUUGUGUGGAUUACUGGAGACAUGGCUCAUGGGUUCGAUAUGGACAAGCCUCAAAAGCGUUACUGCAUUCAAGGCACUCAUGUUGCCAUCAUCUGUGUGGCAGUGGUGGUGUGUUCGCUGACGGUGGGCCUUGCAGUGGGCCUCACCAGGACCAAUACAUCGAGCCAGUCCACUGUAGCACCUCCAACAGAGCCCCCUCCUCCUGACCGAGGUCCAUGCCUGCCAUCCACAGAUGCCAGUGGGGAUUGGAAGAAUUUCCGUCUUCCUGACUAUGUCACGCCGGUUCACUAUGACUUGCUGCUGGAACCAGACUUGGUUGAUGAUGUCUAUUCGGGCACAGUGGAUGUCCAUCUGGAGGUCACAAAGACUACUCGUUAUUUGUGGCUGCACAUCAGGGAGACCUUUGUCAGCGGCAAACCCAGACUGAAGAAGAUAGGACCGGGAGGACUUGAGGACAUACCUGUCAAGAGUUGUUUCGAGUACAAAAUGCAUCAGUAUGUUGUGGUGGAAGCUGCAGUGAUGUUGCCCAUUACUGCUCCAGGAGAGGUCUACAUAUUGAGUCUUGACUUCCAGGGCUCACUCACAGGCUCUGUCGUGGGAUUCUACAGAGUUGUCUACACGGAGAAUGGCCAAACUAAAAAGAUUGCAGCAACUGAUCAUGAGCCCACCGAUGCCAGGAAAUCCUUCCCUUGCUUUGACGAGCCGAACAAGAAGGCCACCUACAACAUCUCCAUCAUACAUGAUGCUGCGUACAGUGCUCUGUCCAACAUGCCAUCACAGGGCCCCCCCGAAACUCUUCAGGAGAAGAAAAUCAAGACCACCUUCCAAAAAUCAGUCCCAAUGAGCACAUAUUUAGUGUGUUUUGCCGUUCACCAGUUCAGUUAUGUGGAAAGAGUGUCGCGGACAAAUAUUCCAUUGAGAAUCUACGCUCAGCCUAGUCAGAUAGCAACUGCAGAGUAUGCUGCGAACACAACCAAGAUCAUCUUUGACUACUUUGAGGAUUACUUUGAUAUGAAAUACUCUCUGCCAAAACUCGAUAAAAUAGCCAUCCCUGACUUUGGCACGGGUGCGAUGGAGAACUGGGGCCUCAUUACGUACAGGGAGACUAACUUAUUGUAUGAUGAGGAGCAAUCCUCAUCCACCAACAAAAAGCAGGUGGCCAAAGUCAUCGCCCAUGAGCUGGUGCACCAGUGGUUUGGCAAUAUUGUGACCAUGGACUGGUGGGAUGACCUGUGGCUUAAUGAAGGCUUCGCCAGUUUCUUUGAGUACAUCGGCGUGGAGAAAGCCGAACCAGACUGGGGCAUGCGGGACAUAAUGAUCACCGAUGAUGUGCUUCCUGUCAUGGUCGAUGACGCACUACUCUCUUCUCACCCAAUUAUCGUGGACGUGUCAACACCUGCUGAGAUCACGUCUGUCUUUGACGCCAUUUCCUACAGCAAGGGUGCGUCCAUUCUCCGGAUGCUAGAAGACUGGAUGGGCAAAAACUCAUUCAGAGACGGCUGUCGAAAAUAUUUGAAAGACUACAUGUUCAAGAAUGCCAAAACUGCCAACUUCUGGGCUUCACUGACCAACGUGAGUGGCUUUCCGGUGGCUGAGGUGAUGGAUACAUGGACAAAACAGAUGGGAUAUCCAGUGCUGGACCUGUCUGUCAAUGAAACUAGUGCCAGCCUCACCCAGAAACGCUUUCUUCUUGAUCCCAAAGCAAAUCCGAAUGAAACCCCAUCACCAUUUGGAUACAAGUGGACCAUCCCAGUCAAAUCAUACCCCAUCCAACGCAAAGAGACUAUUCGGUCCAUGUUCACCUGGACAAGCCCAGAACAUGUGGUGGAGCCCUACUCACCUUCGGUGGAUGGCUUACUGAAGGUCAACAAAGAUCACAUGGGAUUCUACAGAGUGAACCACGAUGACAGCAUGUGGGAGGCGAUUAGUGAACAGCUCCAGAGCAACCUCUCGGUGUUUGGUGCAGCAGAUAGAGCAAGCUACAUCGAUGAUUCGUUUGCUCUCUCCAGGGCAAACAUUAUUCACUAUGGCAAUGCCUUCAAUCUCACCAAGUAUUUAACAGGUGAGAGGGAUUAUGUAGUCUGGGAACGUGUGGAUGCAUCCAUUGCCUAUGUGCGAGACAUGCUGUCCGGACAAAAAGAUCUCUUUCCCAAGUUUCAGAAACUGUUUCGCAACCAUGUCAAGGGUAUUACUGAUCAUCUUGGCUUCACUGAUGACGGGACACAUACAGAGAGAAUGUUACGAGAGACUGUGCUUGACAUCGCCUGCCAAAUGGAAGAUCCGGAUUGUCUUAGAGAAAUGUCAAAUAUGUUUGACCAAUGGAUUGACGGAACAAUGGCCAACAUCCCUGUGAACCUGAGACUCCUGGUUUAUCGAUAUGGCAUGAAGACUUCGGGUAAUUCUGAGAAGUGGGAAAUCAUGUUCCAGAGAUACAAAGAAACAUCCCUGGCUCAGGAGAAAGUGAAGCUGCUGUAUGGUUUGGCAUCAGUGCAGAAUGUGGAUCUCCUGUACAAGCUAUUGGAGGCUACCAAGAAUGAAAGCGUGGUCAGAAGCCAGGAUUUGUUCACCGUGGUUAGAUACGUGUCAUACAACCAAAUGGGCCUUGAAAUGGCCUGGGACUGGACCACACUCAACUGGGAUUUCUUGGUCAAGAGGUACACCAUCAAUGACAGAAACCUGGGGCGCUUGCUGACCCAAAUCUCCAGCACCUAUAACACAGUGCUGCAAAAAUGGAAGAUGGAGAACUUCUUCGCCCUGACACCAAAUUCUGGAGCCGGUGAACUGUCGAGAAAACAAGGUCUGGAGACUGUUAAUAACAACAUUGACUGGAUCAGCAACAAUAGAGAUGAAAUCAAAAGCUGGCUGGACAGCAACGUUGUCUAAAACUUUCAGCGAAAUCAUCAUGCCUGAACUGUAAAACAUCCACAAUCAAAGCUCUGUUUUUGUUAUUCCUUAUGUAUGGUUGAAUCACUUUACUUGUAUUUAAUUUAUUCACUCAUUUAAUAUAUAGAUUACGAAGAAUACAACAUUGAAUAUCUUGAUCUGAACAGAAAUGUGAAUCGACUCAACAAUUGCCUUCAACUAUACUGGAGGUGCUUUAUUUUACAUGCCUGAAGAGAUUUCACAGCAUUAGCAGGAUGAAAGACCACCAUAGCAUAUAAUGAAGAGUGAAAGAGUGAAAUCCAUCCAUUUUCAAGUAAGUUAUGUUUUAAAAUAAAUAGU